ACAUUUGUGAAUUAUGUGGUCAUAACAUUGCAACUCACGAAUACACAUUUCAAAUAGAUGAUGGAUAUCAAGUAAGUUCUGCUACUUGCUGUACUGACAAUGCAUAGUUCUUGUAGUGAAAUAGUUUGUUUUAUCAUUUUCUGUUAACUGUAGGAAUAUGAAAUGAAUUGCAAAUUGUGUGGAUUUGGUCAAGACAGAGUUUGUAUCAUGCCUGACGACCCAGAGAAAUGUCGCGGAGAAUUCUGA